GGUCGGCUUGCGCGCGUGAAAGACAAACCUGACGCUGAGUGAGUGAGAGGGGAUCCCGUUUGAAUUCAAAUACAAGGCUUCACGAUGGCUUCAAAGUGUCCCAAAUGCGAAAAGACAGUUUAUUUUGCUGAGAAAGUGUCAUCACUGGGGAAGGAUUGGCACAAGUUCUGUCUGAAGUGCGAGCGCUGCAGUAAGACCCUGACGGCAGGUGGCCAUGCCGAGCAUGAUGGGAAACCGUACUGCCACAAGCCAUGCUAUGCUGCCCUCUUUGGGCCAAAAGGUGUGAACAUCGGUGGAGCAGGUUCUUAUGUGUACGAAGCUCCCACAAACACUUCCCCACCACCAAACAACGGAGACUCUGCGCCCAAAGCUCAGGAGAAAUGGGUCCCAGUGUCUUCAAGGCCACCUUCGAAAGCUGGAAGCAUCACCACCUUCUCUGGGGAAGCCAACCUGUGCCCCAGAUGCAGCAAGAAGGUCUAUUUCGCUGAGAAGGUGACGUCUCUGGGGAAGGACUGGCAUCGGCCGUGUCUCCGCUGCGAGAGGUGCAGUAAGACCCUGGCAGCAGGAAGCCACGCAGAGCAUGAUGGUCAGCCCUACUGCCAUAAACCAUGCUAUGCUGUCCUCUUCGGCCCAAAAGGUGUAAACACUGGUGGUGUUGGCAGCUACAUCUACGACAAGGAGCCCAACGCUGAGGCUCAGCCUUGACUUUUCUUUACCUCCUUUCUUACUUCCUUCCUUCUUUUUUUUUUUUUUUUGAAGUCCUUGGGAAGCCUGAAUUUAUUAUAAUAACAGCCACUACAAGGACCUCACGCACUUUCACAUAUGCCCCACUUCUUGCCUUAUCACAGGUACCCUGUGCCAGCUUGGAUCUUUCACAAAAAUGCCGCCACGUACUACAACAAAUGCCUCCAGCUCCAGCUGCACCAUUGACAAUCCCUCUUAUUUCUCCACUUUCAAGUCCUCCACCCCAAAUCCUGCAUGGUUAAUUCCGACCAUAUCAUUCGAUUGAAUUUAAAAGUAAUUUAUUUAACCCUAUUUAGUCUCUUUGUGUGUGUGUACAAUCAUUAAAUUGUUGCAUACCCAAAGGAAAAUCUUCCACAAUACUGCAUGUACAGUAGGAUGUGCGUGAAAUGUGUGUUCUAGUAGCCGAUAAAACAACAGAAGUUCACUGAGGGAGCUUUGUUUUAUGCGUCCGUUUGAAUCGCCUGCCGACAGAGAGAUGAAUUUCACCUCAGAGGCUCUCCGUGCAGGUGCGUUCGGGAGCACAUCACCAUAAAUCUGAGAAAUAUUGUCAAACCCAGAUUUGCUCUUUUGGCCGUAUGGAAGCAUUCCUAAGUUAAACAUUAAAAGGAGGUCUGCAGGACAUACUGUAUGCAGACUGUAAAGCCAAACGGCUAAGCUGUUAUUUAUUUUAACGGGAGGACAGAACUUGCUCCCGGUGGGCCGCUGUCUUGCUGAGUUUAGCUCCAGCUUUUUAUUGAACGCACAUGAACCGGCUAAUCAAGUCUUCCAGAUUACUACAUACUUCCAGGCUGGUGUGUCGGGAAAGGAUGGAGCUGAAAACCCACAGGAGCCCUUCAGGAGCAGGCUUGGACACCCCCUGAUUUAUGAGGUUGCUACAGUGCUACAUUGUAUAGUGCACAUGGGAACAAGGGUGUUUGUGACUGGUGCUGGGUGAGCAAGUAUCUGCAGCUAAUGUUUUUGAUGCCAAUCUAGUUCUGUUACAUGACACUUGGAAACGGAUAAAGGAAAAGAUUUGACUAAGCUUUUGUAUCGUUUGUGUUUUCAGUAUUUUAGACGAACCCCAGUUUCUCAAAGUGUUGAAACUGAAGUAUUAUGUUUCUCUUUAGUUGAUUAGCGAGUAGUUUGUUCGACUUCAUUCUCACUGAAUGUGUAUUUAGUUUUUUUGCUGUAUCAGGCCUUUGUUCUUUUGAGAACUUUCUUAUGCAGAGCCUGCAUGUCAAGUCCUGCUGCUUCUGUAUGUUUAAUCCCAUAAUAAAGUUUACAUAACACUUA